AGCCACAACGAACACCAACUGGUUAUCGCAUUGAGCCUACCCGUUUGGUUGAAUGUCUGCAUUACCUUUACUAUUGGCUUCCUAAGGAACAGAGGUGGCACCUUUAUGGUGAUGGGAGGAAGUAUGGGGAAAAAGUAUGGCAAGAAAGACACUGUGAUGAUGGCUAUCAGCAAUGUGAACAAUGAGCAGAAGUUAAAUGGAGUGAAAUUUCAUAGCCCAAAAGAAAUGUGGCCUGUUCACAUUUUUCAUCACAAGGACAGCCGUCGAACUCUUGAGCUUAACAUUGGAGAUGGUCAUGGUGGACCAGGUAUAUGCACACUUACAUGUUAAACUUUUAUAAUCUAAUAUUACCUUUUGAUAAAUUGACCAAAUCGCCUAAAAUUUCCUAAAAUUGAAAUGAAAUACUCAUAAGCCGAUCAUUUGAACAGUUCAAAAAAAUAACAUGGUUCAACAAAAUUGAUUUCAGUUUUGUAUCUUUUUGUGGUGCUUGAAAACACUCUGAAAUGGUACAAGAGGAAUUGCAACAUCUAUAAGGAUAAUUAGUGUUAUUAUAGAUCAUUUUCCAUUAAUACAGUAGGAUACUUAAAUGAAUGGAUUAAAGACAGUCAGAACCUGGGCCGCCAGGUGUUCCUUGGUGCAGACUCUAAGUUCUUGGAUGCUGUUGCUAAUCCAGAGCUCAGCCCACUCUCCCAAGACAAGUGGAACCUAUGGAUGCAGUGCUCAGCAUCAGAAAAGGGAAAAGUAGAACCAUCCACAGGACUGAGAACAAACCUCAACCUUUCAUUUGACCAUCCUCUUCCCAAGUCGCUGCUUCCUGCCCUCACUGGUGAUCAUAUCCUUAUGUGUAUUGACCAUGGCUUCACCAGAGUUACAGAAAAUCUAAUAAUGAAGGUUGUCCGGACAUGUCUUGAUCUGGAGUCAAGGUUGGUGUAUUAG